GUAACAGCAGUGUAAACUUAGUGUAAAAAUAGGUUCAUCGGAUAACAUCCACAUUAUACCGUCAUUAACGCGUCAUCUUUUUCUUUUUUAAUGUUUUCAAAUUUAAGUUUUUUGUUUAUUUUUUGAAGUUUGAAGUUUAAACUUGAAACUUCAACGUCUCUCGCUGAUUCUCUCUAUAACCGUCCGCCUUUCCCUCUUGGUUUUUGAAAACAUUCCCCUCUCUCUUUAAAUUUCUUUUUCUCCUCCUAUUUCACUGUCUCAGUUCGAUUCGGCGAAAAUUAGAAACCCUAGUUUUGGUUCAAGAUCAAACAAUGGCGACAACGAUCCAUCCUCCCAUUCAAGGGAAGGAACUUACAGAUCCUCCUUCAGAUGGCAUUACAAACCUCAGAUUCUCAAAUCAUAGUGAUCAUCUCUUAGUUUCUUCAUGGGACAAGAGUGUUAGGUUGUACGAUGCUGGUGAAAAUGUACUGAGAGGGGUGUUCAACCAUGGCAGUGCAAUCUUAGAUUGUUGUUUUCAUGACGAUUCUUCUGGCUUCACUGCUGGUCUUGAUCAUACAGUCAGGAGAGAUGAUUUCAGCUCUGGUAAGGAGGAUAUUCUGGGACGCCAUGAUGCACCUGUGCGAUGUGUUGAGUACUCCUAUUCAGCAGGGCAACUUAUUACUGGGAGUUGGGACAGAACAAUUAAGUGCUGGGAUCCUAGGGGUGGAAGUGGCAGCGAUCAGAUGCUUAUUGGGACGUAUUCACAACCUGAGCGCGUGUAUUCACUAUCAGUUUCUGGCAACCGUUUAGUGGUAGCUACAGCAGGAAGACAUAUAAAUGUCUAUGAUCUGAGGAACAUGUCUAAACCAGAACAACAAAAAGAGUCUUCAUUAAAAUACCAAACUAGAUGCGUUCGUUGUUAUCCCAGUGGAACAGGUUAUGCUGUUGGUUCUAUUGAAGGUCGGGUUGCAAUGGAGUUCUUUGAUCUGUCCGAGGCUGGGCAGUCGAAAAAAUAUGCUUUCAAGUGCCAUCGGAAAUCAGAGGACGGAAAGGAUAUUGUUUAUCCUGUCAAUGCAAUUGCUUUCCACCCCAUUUAUGGUACAUUCGCAACUGGUGGUUGCGAUGGAUUUGUGAAUGUGUGGGAUGGGAAUAACAAAAAGAGAUUAUAUCAGUACUCAAAAUACCCAACGAGCAUUGCAGCGUUGUCAUUUAACAAAGAUGGCCGUCUACUUGCUGUAGCGUCCAGUUACACAUUUGAAGGAGGGGACAAGCCUCAUGAACCAGACACCAUCUUUGUCCGUAACAUACAUGAAGCUGAAGUUAAGCCGAAACCAAAAGUGCACCCUACACCUCAGUAACUCAUAACUUGUAUAUCGGCUCUAAUGUGUUAAUAUACACGCAAUUGUCAUAACGAAGUGCUCUUUUGUUAAUAAUCUAACGUCUGCGCCAGUUUCUGAUUGUUCGCUUGUCUCGGGUAAGCACAUUGACCACAACUAAAGCUCAGAAAAACCAGGAUUCAUGGAUACGUAGAUCACCUAGGCUUCUCUGAUUUCAGUAUGGCAUUGGCAUUCCACAGAGAACAAAAAUGGCUGUAAAGGUCAUCUUCACCUUUUCCAGAUUGACCCAUCAUCUAUGUUGGUGCAACCUAUUUGCAGUAUUUAAUUAUUAUAUAUAGUUUUUUUUUCUGUUCACCAUCCUCAAAAGCCAUCUCUCCUUUAUGGCAGGCAGAAUUCAAAGAUAGAGAGUUGAAUAUGUACUUGAAUGAAUCGCUGUUGAGGUCAUUAGUUAGUUAGUUAGUUGGUACUUGACUUGAGAAUAGUUGGUUUUGGAGUUUAUAUUUUUAUAUUCAUUCAUAUCAAUUAUGGUUUUCUUGUUA